AUGAACUACCCACACCCGUACUCGAAAGCCGCAGAGCUUGACCAGAGAAUCCAAAUUCCUCGGCCAUGCUAUGACUCGGCCCUGGCACCAAUGCUUGAUUAUGCUUCGUUGCCUGAAGAGUUCAGUCUUGACCUGAUGCGCGGUGUCGCAGCGGGUGUCCAAGAAUGUCCCCAUGGCUCUCACACCUUCAACGCUGAGACCGUCCUCAAAGACCAGCCUCAUUUGACUCAUGCUGAACAUGUUGUCGCUGGUCCUGACAAUAACGACGUCAUUCUUUCUGUCUUCACACCAAAAGAGCCAGCAAAGGUGCCCCGCCCAGCCUUGUACCACAUACAUGGUGGAGGCAUGGUCAGCGGUGACAGAUUCAGUGCCUUGACGCAAGUGAUCGACCUCUUAUCGGGUAUCGAUUGCGUUGUUGUCUCUGUCGAGCACCGUCUUGCUCCUGAGACCCGUGCACCCGGCCCAGCUGAAGACUGCUACGCUGGUCUUGUAUGGGUGUCCGAGAACGCGGAGAACCUGGGGAUCGAUCCUGCGGCUAUCGUAGUAUUCGGUGUCUCUGGUGGUGGUGCUCUAGCUGCUGCCACAUGUCUCAUGGCUCGGGACAGAAAGUCUCCAGCCGUACCCAUCAAGGCUCAGAUGUUAUACUCGCCAUUGCUUGACGACCGCUGCGAAAGUGUGGCAGACAAACAAUUUGAGUAUGGCAAUCCUGCUCCUACAACAUGGCUUCGCGCAAUCUGGGAUCAUAUUCUUGUAGAUGAACGCGGGUCCGAGAAUGUCACUCCCUACCAAGCACCCGCCAGAGAGACCAAUCUCUCAAACCUGCCUCCGGCGUACAUUGACGCGGGAGAGUGCGAAGUAUUCCGCGAUGUUGCUGUCGCGUACGCUUCAAACAUGUGGCGUUGUGGAUCUACUUGUGAACUGCACAUCUGGCCUGGAGCCUUUCAUGGGUUCGACAUGAUGGACGAUCCACAGAUCCCACUGAUCAAUAUCGCCAACAAAGCCAAGGCGAAUUGGUUCAAGAGGGUCUUGACGACCGAGACAAAGCCACUGCCUGCCCCUAUGGCUCAUGCAUGA